ACCGCCAAUGAUCGCUAUACUAUUUACGGAGAAGGUUUAUACCGAGCGCUCAAAGAGCUUGACCAAGAGCUAUCCAAACCAUGUAAUCUUCCAAUUUACGUUGUUGAAAACGGAAUUGGUACUAACAAUGACGAGCAUCGUACCCUCUUUUUUCAACGAUAUUUAUUUGCACUAGGUCACGCGAUAGCUGAUGGAAUUGAUGUACGUGGAUAUGCAUAUUGGUCCCUUAUCGAUAAUAAUGAAUGGGGACGCAUAGAUAAAUUUUUAGUAUUUACAGAUAGCAUGGCUGCACUCGGACAGGCACGUGUUCGCAUUUUUGAGAUAUUAGAAAAAAUACCAGCAGUAGGCGAAAAUUAUCCCUUAGCAUAUGACGAUCAUGGCAGACACUUACCCAAUAUUAUGUGCGAUUGGCUUUCAGGUACUCAAACCCCUGAAAUAAUUUAUGAACAAGUACUACGUUUUGUAGAUGAGCAUCCCUAUGAGUUCAAAUCAUCUUGGGAACAAGAAGUAAUUUGCCGUGUAGCUCGAUUAAUGUUUACACCCGAAAAUUUUGCAAAAACUCGCAAGAUCUAUCCUGCUGCUAUAAAAUUUGUACAAUCAUGCAUAGACUCAGGACACACUGUAUAUAUUCUUUCAAACUGGGAUGCUUAUUCCUUUGAUAUUAUGAAAAAUAGAUAUCCUGAAUUCUUCAAUCUUUUUGAAGAUCGUAUUGUAAUUUCAGGCACUACAGGAACAAUAAAGCCUGAUGUUAGUAUUUUUCAAUAUUUAUUAACUCGCUUUAACCUAAAUCCUAUUGAGUGUAUUUUUAUUGAUGAUCGACCAGAAAACAUAGCUGCUGCUCAGAAUCUCAAUAUGCAUACAAUACUUUGUGAGCCCAAAAAAAAUUUUUUAGGCUUAUCACGUCCUGACUAUCGAUGGCUCAACAAUCAAAUUAAUGCGAUUAUCUGCUCACGUAUUCAAGCAGCUUAA